AUGAAGGAUACAAUUAUACGUGAAUAUACUCCCAACGACCAAGACAAAUUCAAAAAGUUUUAUAUUGAUAUAGAAUCAAAGAAAAGAACAAACCGGGUUAUACGUGCCUUGAAACAACGAACAGUUGCAAAACGAACUUGGCAGGCAGGAAUGGUCGGCAUCUUGAGCAUUCAUUUAACGCAAUUUUUGAAUCUUUCGAUUACUAUUAAAAAAACAACAUUAAUGAUAAUAGAGAUGUUAUUAUGGAGUGCUGGUAUAGGUGUAGUAUGGUAUAAAUGGAUCUGCCAAGAAUACAAUGAUGAAUUAAAAAGAAUAUCAGAAAGAAUGGCAACUGAAUUAAGUCAUAUUCAAAAUAAUGGAAAAAGCAAUGCAUGGAUGAUGGAAAGAAAUGGAAAUAUUAUGGGAACGGUUGCUUUAAAAUAUGAAAAGGGUGAAGGAAAAAUUGGCUAUUUGACAGGUUUAAAUUCACAGAUUCGUUUAAAGUUGGUUCAACAUGCUUUUCGUUUUGGUCGAGUUAAUAAGAUUGAGGUCAUCAGUAAAUGGAAAGAUGAUCUUAAAUGGUCCGAAAACCCUUUUCAACACUUUGGAUUGUCUUCUUUUCCUAGUGAUGUUGCCUUUCUAAACCGUCUUUCGAUGCUUAAUUUGUCUAAUAACGAAUUGACCAAACUGCCACCAGUAAUAAACUAUCUAGUAAACUUAACUAAUUUGAAUCUAUCAAAUAAUCUACUUACUUUUGUGCCAGAGGAAGUUUGCAAACUAAAGCGUUUAACACAGUUGAAUAUAUCAUUUAAUCCUUUGAUUGAAUUGCCUUCUAGCUUAGUUCAGCUUCGUAGUCUCGAAACACUGGACAUAUCAAAAACCAAUAUUAAUUUUAUUCCAGCUGAACUAAUGACGAUGAUGAAGAUAAAGAUCAACAUAAAUGAGUGUAUACAUUUAUUAGAUAGAUCAGAAAAGGUCUAUCAACUUAUCGUUCAGAAUCCCUUCAGUCUUUUCGAAACAUGUGCAAGACAGAUCAUGUAUCCUAUUUUAUCUGAUCUUUUAGCAAACAAAAAGAAUAAGAAGCAAAUACAGAGGAGAAAAGUAAAGUUUACUAAAAGACUUCAAUCUCUUCCAAAACCUAUGCUAAACUAUUUAAUGAAUCCUAAUGCCUGCUCCUUUUGUGGUGGGAUUUAUUAUCAGUCCUAUAUUACUCGCUAUCGUAUCAUUCGAUAUGAUCAUGAAAUAUGGAUUCCAAUUGAAUACAAAUUAUGUUCUUCUCAUUGGAAAACAAAUAGAGAAUUUUUACUUGCUACUUUUUCAAAUGCUGCUGACUCUUCUUUACCUCACUCGGUUCAUUCUCUAAAGUCAAUGUUGGCAAAUGCAUACAACAUAUAA